GGGGUUUGUUUGUGUCCGCUGCAGGUGGCUGUGAUCCAGUACAGUGACACGCCUCGAAUGGAGAUUCCUCUGGGGCAACACCAGAGCGGAGCGAAGCUCAUCCAGGCCAUACAGAGCAUCAGCUACCUGGGAGGAAACACACAGACUGGCAGGGCCAUCAAGUUUGCCGUGGACCACGUCUUCGCCUCCUCCAACAGAGCCAGGCAGGUCAAAAAUCGCAUUGCCGUCGUGGUCACUGAUGGCAAAUCUCAGGACGACGUGGUGGAUGCCAGUGUGGAGGCCCGAGCUCAGGGCAUUACAGUGUUUGCUGUUGGAGUCGGCAGUGAGAUCACCACCUCAGAGCUGGUAUCCAUCGCCAACAGGCCGUCAUCUGCCUAAGUCCUGUACGCCGAAGAUUACACCACCAUUGACCUCAUUCAGGGUUCCAUGGAGCAGAAGCUCUGUGAAGAGUCUGUUUGUCCAACACGAAUCCCGGUGGCCUCUCGGGAUGAGAAAGGCUUUGAGCUGCUGCUGGGCAUGAACAUUCAGAAGAAGGCCAAGAAGAUCCCUGGCUCUUUGAUUUUGGAGGCCGCUUACGCUCUGACGGCCUCCACCGACAUUACUGAGGACACCAGGGACAUCUUCCCAGAAGGCCUCCCUCCUUCCUACGUGUUCAUAGCCACCCUGCGUCUAAAGGGGACUUCUAGCCGGCUGACCUUUGACCUUUGGAGGGUGCUGUCCAAGGAUAAGGAGAUACAGGUCGCAGUGACACUGAGUGGAAAGGACAAAAGUGUCGUCUUUACCACCACUAGCUUAACUGCAGAGGAGCAGAGAGUCACCUUCAGAGGCGUCCAGACUCUUUAUGACGGAAAGUGGCAUCAGCUCAAAGUCCUGGUGAGACCACGUCAGGUCAGCAGUUUCCUGGACGAUCUGCUGAUCCAGGAAGAACUGCUGGAACCGGUGGAGCCCAUCUACAUCAAUGGGGAGACCCAGGUUGCUAAGAGACGGGGAACCGACCUCCCUGUGGCCGUGGAGAUUCAGAAGCUCCGUCUGUACUGUGACCCUCAUCAGAGCGAGAGAGAAACGGCGUGUGAGAUCUACUCUGUGGACGAUGAAAGGUGUCCUCUGAAUAGAACAGCCACCGUGGACGAAGAAGACUGCAACUGUGUGGUUGGACCACAAGGGCAGCGUGGGGCGCCCGGUCCCAUGGUAAGACGUGCGCACACGUCCUCACUCGUGUACUCGUGCACCCACACGUGACCUGAAGGAGGUAAUGGACAGUACAGAUACAACCACAGCUAUUGUUACUUUGUUAUUAGAGUAUUCAGAUAAAAAAUAACUCUUGAAAUGACGGAACGGAAUGCAGUUCUUGCACAACGUGCACACAUUUCUUUUGUGGCAAUAAUACAUCCGCUCCUAUUGGAGUCAAUGCUGCAUCAUUCAAAUGGAGGUUAUCAUAACCACUAGUGUUAAUGUACAAACUGGAAUGUACUGACGUACAGUAUAUGGAGAGGAAGACAAAUCCUCAAAUGGAACACUGGAAACUAGAAAACAUGCUGCUUCAUAGCAGAAAGGUUCUUUUCCCAACCUCAACUUCUGUCCUCCAAUGGCCUCUAAGGACAUCUAGUUGCUGUGAGUGAUGCACUUCUAAUGUUCACCCAGAGAGGUAUUUGGAAUCUUACUGUGGUGGAAAUUUGUGGAUUUAGCCCAUGUG